CCCCUUCUUCUUCUUCAUCCCCAAUCUCAUCCAUCUCCAGAAAAAAAUCCCUCAAAAUUCCCCAAAAUACCCUCACUCCCAAAUCUCUCUCCUCUUCUCCAAUGGGUCUUUCACCUUCGUCUUCAACCUCCAUUUCUAGGUCACACUACAACAUCCACAAGCUUUUCCUCCUCUGCAACUACAUUCUCCUCGGCGCCGCCUCCAGCUGCAUUUUCCUUACUCUCUCCCUCCGCCUCGUCCCCUCCGUUUGCGGCUUCUUCAUUAUCUUCCUCCACGCCUUCACCAUUGCCGGUGCGGUCUCUGGCUGCGCCAUGGCCUCCGCCGCUACUGGCCGCUGGUUCGGCGUCCAUAUGGUUUUCACCGUCCUCACAGCUAUCUUCCAAGGCUCUGUUACGGUACUGGUCUUCACUAGGACCAGCGAUUUCCUUGGCGAGUUGAAAUCGUAUGUUCGAGAGGAAGACGGAUCGGUGAUUCUGAAAUUGGGCGGCGGAUUGAGCGGAUUGAUCUUUUGUUUGGAGUGGAUUGUUCUGGUUCUUGCGUUUUGUUUGAAGUAUUAUAUGUAUGUUGAAGGAAAUGGAAGUGUUGAGGGUUUGAAGAGGAGUGGUAAGGUUCAGCAAUUUGAAGAUUCAACUUGGGCAGCACCAUUCCCUGUUUAGAAACACAACCAAACACAUAUGCUUGAUUUUCAUUUGUUAUUCUUGAUUCAAUUUGUGAUUCAUAUUCUUAUGUAUUCUUUUCUAUUUCAUUAUAUGUGAUUUGUAUGUUUGUGAGUGUAUCUUUAGGGAUGAUGGCUUCUUCAAAUGUGAUUCUAUUUUGAAGGGGGUAUUCAUUCAAAUGAUAUAAUACCAUACAUUACUUUGAUUUUGUAA